ACGAAAUUGCAUUAUCUGUCUUUGGAAUGUUUACCUGUCUUUGUAACCACUGAGUAAAAAGAGACCACUUUAUCUUGUUUUGAAUGCAAAUAUGUUUUGACAAAAUUAUCUUUUGCUUUGACACUCUCUGGCCAGUGGUAACGAAAUAGCAUUCUCUUGGCACUUUCCAGUGCCCUAACCAUUUAAAUCUGAGACAGAUUGAAAGGGAGGAUUUAAUUGGCACCUAAAGUUGUGGAAUAAUACACCGUUUUUACAAUCUUUCAAUAUUUUCUCGGGCUUAUUCAUGGAAUUACAGGUGUGAUUUUAUUGAGCGUGAUUAAGAUAUACAGUGAUCAGUGGUGAUUUCAGGCUUUUUCUGCGUAUUUCUAAACUGAUUUUGUUGUGGAGUUAAAAUUAUAUUGAAUUUCCCAUGGAUUUAUCAUGUUUAAUAAAAAUUUAGAGUUCAUGUAACUACAACAGACAGUUGUUACCAAGGAGAUGGUAUCCUAUGGUUACCUGUCCCUCAUCCUGUUGGUUGGUGCAGUUGAGGGGACAUGGAUGGGGGCUACCUACUGGAAUGAUAGAUAUGGUACUCUAGGCAUCAACUAUGCCACUACAAACUCCUUUGAGGGACUGUGGAGUGACAGUCCAGGUGUGAUAGACCAUUACUUCCUGUCGACGGGGUCUGACUCGGGGAGGCAGUGUAGUGGGGGGUGUAACUGUGACGAGACGAAGCGAAUCGUGACAGGAUGUAGUGGUCCCACAGUUGUUAUAAAGGGGUACACCUUUGAUAACCUGACUGUGAAUUCAUUCACUUCAUCUGUAACAAAAAUAACCAUCAUAAAUGCCAUGUCUUUCAAGUACUUUGACAAUGCCACAUUUGUUCAUCUGACCAAUCUGCAAGAAUUGACCAUCUAUAAAACCAGUCUAGUGCAGUUCCCAGAUAUUUCUACAACCAGCAUGCAAAGAAUGAUGCUCUGUGAUAACAAGAUCAAGUUUUUCCCUCACAACCACACCAAUCCAACGUGGCCAUCAAGUUUAACUAUGAUAACGCUCAUCAAAAAUGACAUUGAAUGGGUUCCAGACAAUCUGUUUUCUGGAAGUAAUUUGGAAUACAUUGGUCUUAGCAGAAAUAGCAUUCGAUAUUUUCCUGGAAAAGCCCUCCAAAAUGCAAACAAAGUACAGUUUCUGAGUGUAGAUGAUAACCAGAUUCAAACAGUAUCCAAAGCCCACCUGGCAUAUUUGGUCAACUCUGAUUUAAAACACCUAAAUCUUAGUAACAACCAGAUCAAUUACAUACAACCAGGGUCUUUCUCUCAGUUACAGAAACUGCUCAUUCUAGAGUUGCAUGAUAAUGACUUGGCCACGGUGGCAGAAGGUGUAUUUGGAAACAUACCUAAUUUGUUGCACUUGGAUUUAGUGAGAAACAACCUACAGAUCUUAAAGAGUAAAUACUUCACAAACAUGCCCACUCUUAGGACACUGAGACUUCACUCCCAGAAAACGAAGAUGACCAACAUCUACUUUGAUGCCUUUGAGAACAUCAACGACAACCUGACCAAUCUGUGGGUCAGUGACAAUGCCUUAACAAGUUUUCCUCACCAAGUUUUGUCUGAGCAAACUUACACCUCUCUGAAGGAAGUGUAUGCAGACACUAACCAAAUCACCAACCCUAUAGAGUACACCCUAGAUGCAUUUAGUCUGAGCAUGACCUCAACCUUUAAUGCCAAGUCAGGAGCCUUCAAAGUAUGGACCAAAUCGCCAAAUAUUGAGAAACUUGAGUUAUCCGCUAACAAGAUUGCUGAGGUGAAGUCGGACUACUUCUGUGUCCUGAUUAGUCUGACCUAUCUGUACCUGGACAGUAAUCUCCUUACAGAUGAGAAGUUCCCUAAUGAUGCGCUGGACUGUCUGUCCAAACUGUUUUACCUGGAGCUAUCAUCUAAUAGUUUUAAGUAUGUCCCCCAGACUGUUAGAAGCUCUGCCAACUUGACCAGUCUCAGACAGCUGUAUCUGGGAUCCAAUGACAUCACUUUCCUGGAGGCGGACACCUUCACUAACGCCAACCUUACUGUUCUAGGACUUCAGUAUAAUGGGAUUCUUGCAGUGGAAGACAAUACCUUUUGCAAAACUCUGAGAUACAUAUAUCUUCAUGGAAAUGAUUUUAGAUUUACCCACAAGAACCCUUUUAAAGAUAUGUCAAAUCUGGUUCAUCUCCAAUUAAACAACAAUGAAAUUGAUUAUAUCCCAGAUGAUGCAUUUGAUGGAUGUACCUCUUUAGCAACUUUGUACCUGAACAACAACAAACUAGGAUGGUUAAAGGUUACCAUGUUUGAGGACAAUGUACUUACAGAUUUUAGAGCAGCGAGCAAUGAAAUUGCCUACAUUGAGGAUGGCACUUUCAAAAAUUUUACAACUAUGAACUAUUUGUACCUGGGUAAUAAUGAGCUGACGAAACUACCAACAGGGGGAGAUUUCUCAGAUAAAACAAUCACACACCUCCAGCUCCAGAAUAACCGAAUCACGGAAAUCAACACAGGAGUCUUCAAUAAUCUGAAUGUGGCCUACCUGUCUCUUCAGAAUAAUGAGAUUUCAGUCAUUGGAUCUGAGGGUUUUAAGGGAGUGAGUGUUUCCCAAUCUCUGUCCAUGACAGGAAAUGUCCUGAAGAAGCUGGAGUCUCGAGCCUUUGUGGAUGUAAACAUUGAUCAGCUGAGCCUCAGUGGGAUGCAGUUGACCUACCUCCUAAAGGAUUCUUUUGUGAAUGUUCAAGCCAGAGACAUCUUUCUUCAGAACAAUCAAAUCGAUUACAUUGAAGAAGGGACCUUUGACACCAUCUCUAUCAGUGAUGAUCUACAUCUGUAUGGGAAUGGCAUGACCUCACUUCAAGGAAACAUCUUUGCCAACAGCUCUGUCAUCUCGGAUUCCUUGUUUUUAUACAGUAACAACAUCUCAUCAAUACCCAUCAAUGCAUUUGAUAACCUGUCAGUUAGAAAAGUAUACCUCCAAGACAAUGUGAUAACUGACUACCCAACAGAUGCUCUGUCUAACAAAGCAACACUCACUACUGUUGACCUGACCAACAACAAGAUAUCCUCUGUCACGUCCUCCACUUUCCUCAAUCAGGCAUCACUUACUGACCUUGACCUCGACAAUAACCUUUUGACUUCAAUAUCCAAAGAUGUAUUUACUCCACUGAUCUACCUGCAAAAUCUGGACCUGAGUGGAAAUUCCAUCGGUUAUGUGGAGCCUCUAUCCUUCAGUUCCUUGACCGCCUUACAGACACUGGACAUCUCAUCCAAUCAGCUGAUCUUCUUCCCUAAGCUACCAAACAUGACCAGUCUGAGAUCUGUAGACAUUUCCCAGAAUCAAUUACAGUCCAUUGAGUAUCAGGCGUUCGAUGACUUUGAAGGCAGCAAAAUCUUCAAAACUCUGAAGCUUGAUGAGAACUUACAGAUGGGGUGUGAUUGUUACUUGUAUGAGACCCUCCUUGCUGUACAGAGUACCAUCAGUGGGGGUCAGUGUGGGACCCCAGCCUCCGUCGCAGGAGUUCUGUUUGGAUACUCCAAUAAAACCUCCCCCAUGUAUUUUGAAAACCAACAGCUCACAAAGUUUCUAUGCUCCCCAGUGAACCUAGUGGCAUCGUCCCCCUCAUCAACCCAGCUGACCGUGUCCUGGACACGCCCGAAUAACACUGUGUCCUCCAGUACCUACAUUGCUGAUGCUGUGGCUAGUGGCUGGCAAUACAGAUUGACGUGUACUAGCAAUCCAGGAGGAGUGGUUUCUCAGGCUUCUGUAAAUGGCACCACGCAUACCUUUACAUCAGCUGACGGAAUCACUGCAGGCACCACCUACGUGUGUACAGCGGCUCUGGUAAUGUCUAAUGCAACUAGUGCCGAGAGUCAACCAGUAGUGAUCACUACACAGGCUGCUGCUGCCACUAGUCCUAAUGUAACAGUUGGAGCCACAGACUGGAUAUUGCCCAUCAUUUACUAUGAUUAUAGUGUAACAAAUUCAGAUUUUAAUGGAUUCUCGAAUGCCAUCAUUUCUAAGCCGACAUAUGUUCCAAGUCCGUAUGGGUCCUGGCUGUCGCGAUCAUCUAAUCCAAAAUCUGACACCUUCUCCGGCUGGUUCGUGGAUCAGACAGGAACCUCGGUGAAUUAUGUAUAUAAAGACAAUAUCACAUUGACGCUUAUCUCUUCUUCCUCCCCAGUAACACACAGGUUUACUGCCCAGAACAGCUACUUCCCUGUGGACAACAUGGGAUUCGGUAACCAGGACAAGGACUGCUAUGGUGUGGAGCACAAUUUUGGAUUCACCUCAGCCAUCAGAUCUGGAUUUGUUUUCCAAGGAACAGAGUCUAUCACUAUUGGAGGAGGGGAUGAUCUGUGGCUGUACCUCAAUGGGAAGUUUGUGAUGGAGAUCAGCUCCAGAAACACAGGGACUAAUGUACCCUGUAAAAAGAUCAGUCUCAGUACAGCUAGUACCCCAGGUGGAAGCUACAUCAUACCACAGUAUGGUCUGGUGUCUCCCACAACGAGCUUGUGUGUAGUCACCGGUACCUUGCCAGCAGAGCAAGUGCAUGUUGAACUGGAGGUAGGGGAGAGGUACCACUUCUCAAUUUUCCAUGUGGAACGUCUGUCCUGUGCCUCCAGUCUAUACAUUCAGACGGAAGACUUCCAGUUCAUUGUGGAUCCUGCUGAGGAACCACCCAGAGACUACAUUGUUACAGUCGCGGAAGACUUCCACCAAAAUGGUAUCGUAGCUGAAGUUGUAUUGGCUGAUAUCUUCUCAGUGGGACCUCCGUUUACCAUUAAUGUUCUCAGAGGAAAUGAGGCAAGACAUUUCACUUUGAAGGACAAGACAACAGCUAAUGUGAAUGCAGCAGUGGCUCCACCUACAGUUGCCCCAAGUUAUACCACCAUUAAUGGUCAUACUUUUGUUGAAUGUGCCACCCCAUCUACAAUAACCCCUGAAAGCUAUGAUGGUUCAGUAGAAACCUUUACGAUGAACACAGAAACAGCACUAUUUACACUGGACUCGAGUCUAGACUAUGAGGUCAACACCACAUACAGUGUUGUGAUGGAGGUUGUGGAUACAGGCAAAACUCCACCUUCCACUGGCACAAUCACUGUUAAGGUUAAGGUGUCUGAUGUCAAUGACAACUGUCCAGAGUUAACACAGACUCUGUACAAGCUCAAUGCUAUCCCUGCUCUCAAGUCGUCAGCUCUAGCUGAUCUGAAUGCUACAGACAUUGACAGUGGAAAUAACUCAGCUCUCUCCUUCUACAUCUCUACCAUCACAGAGGAUCCCCCUAUCUCCAUUUUCAAUGACACCAUGGACCUAUACAAAGAGGUUUAUGAAGCCAAUACACUGUUGAAGUUUACAGUGAUUGUGGUGGAUGGUGGUAGCCCCACGCGUGGAGCCACCGCCUCUGUGGAGGUGGACAUUGACAACUCAUGUCUUAUUGAUGUGGAGUACAAAGCCAUUCCCUAUACCAUGACUGUUAAUGUCUCCACCGGGGAAAUUUACCACAGACUUCCAGGAUAUUACUAUUAUGAAUACACCUGUGAUGAUGCGCUGGGAAUGGAGAGUGGAGUCAUUCUAGACAAGUACAUCACUGUGUCGUCUACUUCCUCUACCAGUGGAGGUGAAAGAGGCAGACUCAACAUGACACAACUGCCUGCCAACUUGGGGUCUUUGACAGGAGGCUGGGUCCCCUCUGUCAUUGAUACCAGCCAGUACAUAGAGGUCAACCUAACAGAAGCUACCUUUAUCCACGUGGUACAGAUACAAGGUCAGGAUUCUGUGGACAAUUGGGUGACUAGUUUUGCUGUACAGUACAGUGCUGAUGGAGUCAGCUGGAACACUUACACAAACUCUUCAGGAGCAUCGGUUUUUGAGGGAGCCAUUGACAGGGACACAGUAGUAAGUGUCCCUAUGGUGCCUGCUGUGUAUGGAACCUACAUCAGGAUUAACCCACGCACCUGGAACAAUGCCAUUGGUGUAAGACUGGAAUUUAAAGGAUGUUCUUAUGCCAAAUAUCAGUAUUACCGCACAACCUGUCAAAGAUGUUUAACCUCGUGGUACUGUGAGGGAGACUCCACCAUCAAGCCCUGUGGGCGCUGUGACCCCCCAGUCUCUGGCUCCACCUGUGGUCGCUCACCCACAGAGCACAGUUUUGGGGCAGCAGCAUCCUGUACCACAUGUCCUGAGGGCUGGAUUUGUAAGGAUGGGUAUGCCACCCCAUGUCCAGACUUCCACUACGUGACCUGUAAUGACACCUACUGCCCCACCUCCUGUACUCAGUGUGAGCUAGGCUACGCCUGUAGAGGAGGGAAAAGGUACCAGUGUCAGACAGGAACUUACUCCGAUGGAAAUGUCAAGUUCUGUACAAUGUGUUCCCCUGGUAAAUAUCAAGAUGAGGUAGGACAAAGUACAUGUAAGAAUUGUCCUGCUGGUUACUACAGCUCAGCUAGUAAGGACCGCUGUGACCCGUGUGAGGCGGGGACGUACGCUGCCUCUGAUGGCAGUGGAUGUAACUCGUGUGGCUCCACCACCCAGUGUCCCUGUCUGGGCAGCACCACACUGUGUUACCACCCUGAUCUCUGCUAUAAUAUGGAUGGUAGUCAUGGAUGUCUCUCUUGUCCCACAGGAUAUACAGGCAAUGGAGUAACAUGUACAGAUGUGGAUGAGUGUACCACCAUUACUCCACCACCCUGUUUUAUGCAGCGCUGUAGAAACACAGAGCCUGGGUUCCAGUGUCUGGCCUGUCCUCUGGGGUAUGUAGGCACCUAUGAGGAUGGGCUUUCUCUCAAUAUAAGCAGGAGGACGUUCCAGCUGUACAAUAAUGUGUUAGAUCCUACACAGUACCAGACCUGCUCUGAUGUCAAUGAGUGUCUAUCCAACAAUGGAGGCUGUGAUCCAAAUGCUUACUGUACAAAUACACAAGGUAGUUACAGUUGUGGAUUCUGUAAGGAGGGAUAUGUAGGUAAUAGCGUGACCGGCUGUGAGUUGGCCGACUACUGUCUCUCAGGUAAACACACCUGUGAUGCCAAUGCCACGUGUUACUACACAGGACCUCAGGAAUACAAGUGUGUGUGUAACAAUGGAUGGGCAGGUAAUGGUUACCUUUGUGGAGAUGAUCCAGAUCAAGAUGGAGUCCCUACACUAGGACUGCCCUGCUCUGAAGACAGCUGUAACUCAGAUAAUUGUCCAUCAGAUCCCAACAGUGGGCAGGAGGAUGCUGACACAGAUGGUGUGGGAGAUGCUUGUGAUGAUGAUGAUGACAAUGAUGUCAUCUACGAUAGUCAGGAUAACUGUCUGUAUGUGGCCAAUUAUGAUCAGAAUGAUACUGACUCUGAUGGUGUUGGUGACCGCUGUGAUAACUGUCCAAAUGUAGCCAAUCCUGACCAGUCUGAUGUCAAUGGGGACGGAGUGGGGGAUGUCUGUCACACGGACAAUGAUAAGGAUGGCGAUGGAUUUCUGGACCCUGUUGACAUCUGUCCACUUGUGGCUACCACUGCCCAGACUGACACAGAUGGGGAUGGUGUAGGAGAUGAGUGUGAUAACUGUCCACAAGUCAGUAAUGCUGCCCAGACAGAUUCUAACUUUAAUGGAGUGGGUGACAGUUGUGAUGGACAAGACAAAGAUGGUGAUGGCAUACCAGACUUUAAGGAUAAUUGUCCUGAAGUUCCAAACUCCCAGCAGACUGACACUGACAGGGAUGGAACUGGAGAUUUCUGUGACUCGGACAUUGACAAUGAUGGAGUCCUCAAUACAGUGGACAACUGUGUAUAUGUCUCCAAUGCAGACCAAGCUGAUGCCAAUGGAAAUAGAGUUGGUGAUGUUUGUGAAAGUGACCUUGACCAGGACAGUGUUGUGAACAACCUUGAUGCCUGUCCCAAAAACAAGGACAUCAGCUCCAUAAACUUCACAGACUACACUUCUAUUGACCUUAACCCGUCCUUGACCUCAGAGAAGGCACCUGUUUGGCAUAUCAUGGACAAGGGGAGAGAAGUCAGGCAAACUGAGACUACUCUCAAACCAGCUGCUUAUAUAGGGAAUCAUUACUUUGAUCACAUGGAAUAUUCUGUUACUACAUAUGCCCAGAGUGAUGAGUGCUAUGGUUACAUAGGGUUUAUUUUUGGCUAUCACUCCACCCAGGAAUACUACAUAACACUGUGGAGACAUGUCCAUCUAAAUUACAACAUAUAUGGAGGUAUCAAAGGGGUACAGCUUAGGGUUAUGCAGACAACUAACAACGUAGGACAGAAUUAUGCUAAUGCAUUAUAUCAGAGUUAUGAUGUGACGUCAUACUCCCGAUUGUUGUGGCAGGACCCCACACUGACAGGCUGGAAGUGUAGAACUAGUUAUAGGUGGACCAUACAACACACUCCAUCAAGGGGAAUUCUCAGAUUGUACGUGAAGGAGGGGGACACCAUGAUUGCUGAUUCCGGUACCCUCUAUGAUGUUUCCAUUCCUGGAGGAAGGAUUGGGGUGUUCUCUUACAACCAGACAGGGGUCAUAUGGUCAGACAUGAGAUUUGAAUGCAAGGACAGAACCAACAAGGCUUUAUCUUUGGAUGGAUCUACAUAUGGCAUUAUUGGGAAUAUGAGCGGGCUGAGAAUAGAGAAAAGUUUUACCAUGGAAGCUUGGGUGAACCUUCCUACAGGAUACCCUUCCACCAAGAUCCCGAUACUCUGUACAAACGGAAGUGAUCUCUGCCUUUUUGUGGAGGGAGGGGUUUUCAAAAGCCAGGUUAAGACGUCCAGCGUGACAGGAACAACUUCCCUCACAGACAACAGAUAUAAUCAUGUGUUGAUGAGAUACAAUGCACAAGCUGCUACUCUGUCUCUUUUUGUCAAUGGGACCAAAGAAGUGGAAUCUACAGGCCUUGAAGAAAUUACUUGGGCAUCAGACUUGGUGUUGUACAUAGGAUUUGAUGGAAGUAAUUAUUUAACAGGAAUACUGGAUGAUAUAAGGAUAUACAAUGUCCAGAUACCAGAUGCAGAUGUCAGCAAAUUCUGGCAAAAAGUAGGGAUGGAGAGAGAUUACAACAAGUAUACAUUGUCAGCUCACUACACCAUGGAUGAUAAUCCCAGUUCCACUAUUUUGAUGGACCAGUCUCCACACAAUAGGGAUGUGUCAUUUUCAGGGACCCCCUCCUUUGUAGAUAGUACCUCAGACUUUGACAGAUACUCCCUGACCAAUGCUUAGACUGUUGUGGAAUCAAUUGUGAGACUUGGAUAUGUGACAAGUUGUAUAGAAAAUGUCUUCCACAGUCAGAGUGAACGGAAAACUCUCUCUCUCAAAAAAAAUAGACACCAACAAUCAAAUGGAUUAAACUGGUGAUAAUACAUGUACAUAUUUGUAUUUACCUGUAAAUGAGAUUUUAUUUUUAAAAUUUUACCCGUCCAUCUAAGCUGCUUAGCACUUGUUAAUUAGCACCACUUGAUUAUACAUUGAUGUGUAUAAAUAAGUUAUGUAUAUUUGAAAUGUUAUAUAGUAAGAAAUUAAAAGUGUAAAUAAAGUAGUUGAUUAAAAUUCAAAACUAGAGAGCUUUAUAAAAUACAUGUACAUGUCACAAGGCAUACUAAUUUUUUUUUUUUUUUUUUUGAAAUACACAUGUAAAUGAAAAUUAGGGAGAUUUAAAUGAAGUGCAUUGAAUAUGUAUUGCAGUGAAUACAUAUUUCAUUUUCCCUUUUUCAUGUUUGAUUCCUUUGUUUGGUAAUAUGUACAUUUACAUUAAUUUUAUUUAUUAAUUUUUUUCUAAUGAAAACAUAUAUCUACAUGUAUAUACAGUAAAACAUGCUUAUAGUGAGCAUGCUUAUAAUGAAUUGGCACUUAAAGUAAAGGGAUUUUCAUUCCCCUUAGCUUUUAAAUAUAUUGUGAAUUUAACAGAUAUAGCAAAUUUCUUUAUAAUGAAACAAAAUCGUCUGUCCCUAGCACUUCGUUAUAAGUUUGUUUUACUGUAGGUCACUGCUGGUCAUGACCUUUAAGACUGUGAUGCUCAUAUCUGUGAUAUGUAAGGAGUAGCUAAUAGAUCCUACAUUUUCAGCAAUAUUUUAUACUUGUUGCAAUAUUCUGAGGCUUUUAUUUUAUCUUUUUUCUCCUUCUUUUUUUAAUGUUCUUUAUUAUUAAUAUUUUCAAGACUUGUUUUG